AUGGCUUCUGACGAGAUUGUCUGGCAGGUUAUCAACCAGCAGUUCUGCGCCUUCAAGCUGAAAACUACGAAAGGUCAGAACUUCUGCAGAAACGAGUACAAUGUAACUGGGCUCUGCAAUCGUCAAUCCUGCCCCCUCGCCAACUCGCGAUACGCCACAAUCCGCAGCGACAAUGGCGUUCUCUACCUCUACAUGAAGACCAUCGAGCGAGCGCACAUGCCGUCAAAACUGUGGGAGCGGAUCAAACUCUCCCAGAACUACGCCACUGCCCUCACACAGAUCGACGAGCGUCUAAUCUACUGGCCCAAAUUUCUACUACAUAAAUGCAAGCAGCGCCUCACUCGAUUGACCCAAGUGGCAAUCACCUCUCGGCGCCUGGCGAAGGAAGAAGAGCGCAUGGGCGAGAAGCUUGUUGGUGUAAAACCAAAGAUCGUCAGACGUGAGGCCACCAGAGAGAGGAAGGCGCUCGCAGCGGCGAAGCUUGAAAAGGCCAUUGAGAAGGAGCUGGUGGAGAGGCUCAGAAGUGGUGCAUAUGGUGACAAACCCCUCAAUGUCGAGGAGAACAUCUGGAAGAAGGUCCUCCGAGGACUUGAGAGGGAAGGAGCAGCAGAGAGAGAUGUGGAUCAUGAUGAUGAGGACGAGGAUGAGGAUGAGGAAGAGCUCGAGGAGGAGGAGGAGGAGGACCUUGACGAGGUCGAGUAUGUUUCGGGUGAUGAGGACCUGGAAGAAGAGGAGCUCGGUGAUCUAGAGGACUGGCUCGACGGGAGCGGUGCCAGUGACUUUGAAGAAGACGACGAGGACGACGAGACCGAUAGUGAGGACGAUGAUAGUGAGGAUGAGGAGCCAGAAGACAAGAAGAAAGCUCCUCUACCAACUACAAAGAAAGAACCCGCGCCCAUCAAGAGGAAAAGAGGACCAACUCCUCAAAACCCAAGGAAACGCGGAGCUCAUAUCGAAAUCGAAUACGAGGACACGCUCCCCCAAGAACGCGAACUGGCCCUCUAA